AUGUCGACAAAGUACGCUUUCUUAUCGUUGCCGCAAAGCGUCUUCGACUCGAGCGACCGCGAUGAUGCCGUCUCGUCUCUGCGCGGCACCAUUUCUAACGACAAUGGCUCCGUCCUGCCUUUCAACAUCCCCGAUUUCAAGAUCGGCACCCUCGACGCUCUCGUCCAGCAGGCAGACGAGCUCACCAAGCUUGAGGCUUCGUGCGAGGCUGUUGUUUCCAAGGUCGCCGACUCUCUAAAGAACGUGCUCGAGGGCGACGAGGACCGCAUCGCCCAGUACAAAAUGGUCAACGAUAAACCGACCGACCAGUAUGAGCUUGCCAACGUUGAUACCGAUGUGAAAACAAAGUUCAAUCAGUACAACUCAGUCAAGACAAAUCUCGCAGCGCUGCAGAGGCGUCAGACUGGUAACCUUUCCACAAAAUCCCUGACACCUAUCGUUGAUCCCGCCCUUCUUGUUCAGGAUUCCGAAUACAUAGAGACGCAUCUUAUCGUUGUCCCUGGAAACGCGAAGAAGGACUUCCUCAAAGGCUAUGAGACAUUAGCCCCCAUGGUAGUUCCUCGCUCGGCUGUUGAAGUCGCCAAGGAUGACGAGUUUGUUCUCUAUGCAGUUGCGACGUUUAAGAAACACAGCGCCGAGUUCCUCGCCAAGUGCCGAGAGCAGAAGUGGACGCCUCGCCAGUUCAAGUACGUUGAGGGAGGUCGUCAAGAGGAGCAAAGGGAGCUUGAUCGAGUGACCAACGAGGAGCGCAAGGUUUGCGGAGAGGCAUUGCGUAUGGGACGCACAGGAUGGAGUGAGAGUGUCAUGAUCUGGAUCCAUGUCAUGACCCUACGAGUCUUUGUCGAAGCAGUCCUCCGAUACGGCCUGCCUCUGGAUUACGUGACAGCACUGGUCAAGACGACAUCUAAGCUAGCCCCCAAGGUCAAGACAGCCCUGGACUCCAACUACUCGUACCUCGGCGGCAACGCUUUUGGAAGAGACAAGCGUGGAAAGAUCACCAAGGACGAUGCUGCGCUGAGCUCAGAGAUGGCGGCGGCUGGUUUCCAGACCGGAGAGGGCCACGAAUACACGGCAUACGUAUACUACGAGAUUGAGUUUCCUUAG